CCUCGUCAAUUGUCUCAUCUCCGCCCCUCGGGUUCUUUCUUCCCCCUCCAAGAUGGAGGCCUUAGGGGGCUACCCCGCCAAGUCCUCCGGGCCUAGAGUGAAGAAGUUGACGGUUCUGUUGAGCAUGACAGUCGGCGUGGGUUGUUUGUUUUUACUUCAGACGCAGCUGGUGAAGCCCCGAAAACCGAAGGACUUUUAUUCCUUCGAGGUGAAAGACGCCAAAGGAAGGACUGUUUCUCUGGAGAAGUACAGAGGAAAAGCUUCUCUGGUUGUAAACGUGGCGAGCCACAGCGAGCAGACGGAGGCGGCUUACAAGUCUCUUCAGGAGCUUCACAGGGAGCUGGGAACGUCUCACUUUAACGUCCUGGCCUUCCCCUGUGGACAGUUUGGCGACACCGAGACCGGAACCAGUCGGGACAUCGAGGCCUUGGCCAAGUCCACAUACGGCGUUACGUUUCCCUUCUUUGGCAAAAUCAAAAUCAUGGGCUCUGAGGCUGAACCGGCCUUCAAAUUCCUUACAGAUUCUGUGCAGAAAAUUCCCAAGUGGAACUUUUGGAAAUUUCUAGUGAAUCCAGAAGGGAAAGUGGUCCGCUUCUGGCGAGCAGAUGAGCCCAUGGAGAGCGUCCGUCAAGAAGCUGCGACGCUGGUGCGAGAGCUCAUCGUCAAGAAGCGCGUGGAGCUAUGAUAGCGUUGUAUUCAUAGCUUAUUGGACACAAUGUCCGUCCAUCCGUCAUGAUGACCGGGACUAACAGGAACUUGAACUGUUAGCGGUUGGCCCAUGAAUGCCAAUAAAUGCAAUGACGAAUGCGAUCAUUGGCUGCAUUUUAUGCUGAAAAAAAUGACAAUCGUGCUCAAGACCACUAAUGAGAAGCCACUAAAGUGUUGGAUUUUGUCUCUUCCGCGAAACAUUUCAAAGUUUUCUAUUAAAAUGUAUUUCUGCAUUGAUGCAACAUAAUAUGUAAUGUGGUGUUUUUAUAUUGUAGCGGUGAUAGGACCCUUCAGAAACAUGCAAGUAUACAAAUGUAAGUACUGCGUAAAUUGACUCCAACAUGAGAAUUCAUAAAAAAAAUGCAUUUACCUUCAAAAAUGUUAAAGCACAAAGUAUGCAGUAUUUGUCUAUAAUCCAUGUCUUAUGACUUCUGUUUUGUUGCAGUGCUAUUGAAGUCAUGCAAACAAUCAGCCUCCCCUGCACUACCACCUUACACCACAUGGGGCGACAGUGAGUUCUAUUUAAGCCAAAUAAUAUUAGAAUGGCUAUAUGACUAUAUGUAUUUGUGAGUGACCCAAACAACACAGAAAACGCAAGUGCAUGCAUAUACAACUGUCUAAAAUGUCUAGGCAAGAUUAUUUAAAAUCAAGGGGGUCUGCGGUGUACAGACCGACCACCAGUUAGUUGAUUAAGAGCUGCUUCUGAAUACGGUUGGUGUUUACCACAAUUGUUGGCAUUGUUGCUGCAACACAUAAGCUGUGAAAUGUCACGAAUGGCUGUUGAAAUGCAGUCGUCUGUGUUUGCAGAUGAAGUGGCCAGUCGUUGGGCAGUCACAGGUAAGCUGGCACACUAAAACCAGACCAGCUAACAAGACACUGCCUUGCGACCGUCCACAGAACAAUAACUGCAUGACUUGACAGAGGUUUGUUGUGAGAUGAAAACGUGACAAGAUUUGUUGUUCAGAAAAUAAAUAUCUCAUGGGCACUAGGGCAGGGAUGUGAAAAGUGUUAAAACUGUUGCCAUAAUUACACCUUUAUUGCAAAUUAACAUCUUUAACUGUUAAUCAAGUGUAUAGAAAAGCGAUCUCCAUGUGAAAAAUCAGUGCGGCCAUUGCCGUCAGAGGGAAACCAAGAUCGACAAAUGACCAAUAGGUACAACCUAUAUGCAUUGGCCACCACUAGCAUUUACUUAUACAUUCCUGAUCAAAAUUUUAAGAGUUGAAAAAUGGCAAGAAUGUACAUUUUACACUGUUGGAUCUCAGGAGUUUCCAAGUCGAAUUUGUGACAAAAUCAAUUUAUUGCAAGCAACGUUUAAAUUGGCUUAUGAACACAGCUUUUAAAAGACAAAAUUGUGGUUUCAUUGUCAUUUUCUGUCAUGAUUUCUUGAUGGCAAAAGCAAAAAAAAGCUUUCUCUCUUUGAACGCGGUCGGAUUGUUAAGCUGCAUGCGCAAGUCCAAAGGUCCUGAGUGUUCAUUCAUUCAUUCAUUUUCUACCGCUUUUCCUCACGAGGGUCGCAGGGGUGCUGGAGCCUAUCCCAGCUGUCUUCGGGUGUGAGGCGGGGUACACCUUGGACUGGUCGCCAGCCAAUCACAGGGCACAUAUAGACAAACAACCAUUCACACUCACAUUCAUACCUAUGGACAAUUUGGAGUGGCCAAUUAACUAACAUGUUUUUGGAAUGUGGGAGGAAACCCAUGCAUGCACGGGGAGAACAUGCAAACUCCACACAGAGAUGGCCGAGGGUGGAAUUGAACCCUGGUCUCCUAGCUGUGAGGACUGCGCGCUAACCACUAGACCGCCCGUGCCGCCCAUCCUGAGUGUUAUGGAACAAAAAAAAGUCAACUGGUAGACACCCCACCCCACCCAAAAUAGUGAAAAAAUGUAAAUCCUUGCCAUUUUUCAGCUGAUCUUAAAAUCUUGAGAUUGGUUUAUAAGCUAUCAUCGGGGCCAUCUCGGCUUUUGUAUCUGUUUACCACAGAGGCCACAACAAUAAUGGUCAUUAAAGCUACUCAGACCUUGUCCAUGCUUUGUGUAUACAUAUCGGAACAGUGCGUGUACCUUUACAUCACAACAAAUAGAUCUAUUUUCAUGGAACGUGUCCAAAAUGUAAUGUAAUGUAACCCUCAAACUGGUGGAAGCGUAACAGUUCAGGGAGCAGAGGAGUGUGAGCUGGGCAGUACUUAGCAACACCAGCUAACAUUACACUGCCUCUCAACCGGUCACUCAUGUACUGCAUGCUCUCAUGCAUCUGUGUCUAUGAGGUGAGUAGGCAGCAGCAGUGAGGAGUGCGGCUGACAGCUGUCAAUCAAACAACACAGCCUGCAGCGAGACACUGCCACACUGUCACGCCUGGUAAUGUUCUACUGUAAACCAAUGACAACUUUCUUUUUUUUUUUUUUUACCUGGGAAGGGCUGUUUCUUCUCUUUCUUGUGACCUCUGGGUGCAUUGUCUUGUUGUUGUUCUGCAAAAGCACACAAAAUGAUAAAAAAUACACUGCCUCUUGACAAAAGUCUGCUGGGAUAGGCUCCAGCAUACCCCCUGCUAACCCUCAUGAUAUUGUAUGUUGCUUAAGACACAAUAGCCUUUCUUUUUCCCUCAAGGCUGUAUGGGACAGGAUAGUAAACAAGCUUGAACUCACACUAUAUGUACAGGAUUUGGGAAUAAAGGGACAUAAUGUACACUAUUCUAUUGUACUAGUUCAUACAAAUAACAACAGAAAAUAUAAUAAAUAAUAAAUAUAAUAAUAAAUAUCAGUGUUGCAAUGUUCACAAACGUAUUUCACCCCUUUUAAACAUUUUAGUU